AUGAGACAAGUUAAUAAUUGGCAUUCAAUUCCUGUAGAUCCACAGGAUUUCAAUUUGUUUUCGACUUUAAAUAGUGGUCAAGCUUUCCGCUGGAUUUUUAAUUCAACUCUGAAUGAAUGGCAUGGAGUAAUAAAUGGUCACUUAUGGAGAUUACGUCAAAUGGAGGAUUCUAACCCAGUUGAAUAUUAUUUUGAGAAAAAUUUGGGUAUAAAAUUAAACGAUGUUCCUUUUGAUUUACGUGAUUACUUUAGACUGGAUAUGAAUUUAUCUGAUCUUGUGAAGGAAUGGUCUUUGAAGGAUGAAUGGUUUGAGAAUCGUUUCUCUAAAAAUUGUCAAAUGGAUACAGCUCGUGGUUUACGCUUAUUAAGACAAGAUCCAGAAGAAACAUUAUUCUCUUUCAUUACAUCAGCUAAUAAUAAUUUAACAAGAAUUACUAAAUUACUCUGUAAAUUGUGUAGUGAAUAUGGUAAUCCAUUGUACUUGGGAAAUGGUGAUCUAAGGCAUUGGACAUUUCCAUCACUUGAAAUACUUGCACAACCUGGAAUGCAGGAUAAUUUGAAAAAAAUUGGUUUUGGUUAUCGUUCCAAGUUUAUUACGCUUGCUGCCAACUGGCUUUUGAAAAAUGGAGGUCGAUCUCGUCUACUUGAACUUCGUUCCAUGUCCCAUUUUGAAGCUCAGGCAUUUCUGCUUCAAAUACCUGGAAUCGGGAAGAAGGUUGCAGAUUGUAUAUGUCUUAUGUCGUUAGAUAAAUUAAAUGUUGUCCCUAUCGAUGUUCAUAUGCAUCGUGUUGCACGUGAGAAAGGAAUUCCUGAAGCAUCCUGUAAAAAUAUGACUACAAAAUCAUAUGACAUUAUCUCAAAGUCUCUUAGUGAUUUUUGGGGGAAUUAUUCUGGAUGGGCACAAACGAUUCUUUUCUAUACUCGUAUGAUGGAAUCGAAACCUAAUAAAAAACUAAAGCAACAAAUCAGUCGUGUUGAUAUCAACAUUUAG